UUGCCGAGAAACUUAACACUUAAAAAGAUUACUGUAAUAAUGAUAAUAUUAUUCUUUUUUAUCAGCCUGCGUCAUCUUCUUCCUUAAAACACCCAAACCGUUUCUAACUGUUUACUUAGCAAUUUAAGAAUUUUCAAUUUUCAGCCCCUUUUAUCCUUCAAUUUCCAAGCAUUUAAUCUUCAGUAGCAUUAAUUUGGUGAGGGCUGAGCUACAUAUUUUAAGAUUUCAAAAAUUUUAUAAAUAGAAAAAAUACAAAAAAAAAUAUUUGGGUAGGGGCUUAAGCCCUCCCUCCCUUCCUACUGGGUCCGCCCAUCUGUCAGCUUCACGGCAAUUUAGCAGGAACAAAAGUGGUUUAAGAGAGACCACUAAGAAGAUGAACGGUGGCAGUGAAAAAGGCGGAAUCUUGGCGAUGGAGGAGGGAAAAAGAAAUAGCAAGAGGGCUCAAGGAAGGGAUGAGAGCGAUAGGCCGAAAAAGCAGCCGCUCAAUCCUGGUAAUACCAAUACCAUUGCUUAUGUGCAGAUCCUUGGAACUGGAAUGGAUACACAAGACACAUCCCCAGCAGUCCUGCUGUUUCUUCAACAGCAAAGAUUUAUAUUUAAUGCUGGAGAAGGACUUCAACGCUUCUGCACCGAGCAUAAGAUCACAUUGUCGAAGAUUGAUCACAUAUUUCUCUCACGUGUCUGCUCAGAAACAGCUGGUGGACUUCCAGAACCAUCGUGUUGCUGGAAGUUACGACGUUUACUCUUUCACUACAGGGUGUUUCCCGUCUCUGGUUUGCUGACACUGCCGAACAUGGAUUUACCAUCUGAGACAGAGGCAUCACAUGAGAUUUCGGCUGAGAAUCUUCUCAAGUUUCAUCUGCGUCCCUACGCGAAUAUGGGGCUCGACAUCAGUAUACCGAAACUAACAUCUCAUUCCGAGAUCAUUCAAGAGCUAUUGUCAGAAAUUCCGGAGGCUAGAGACGCCUCCGAGAAUGUGACCCGUUUAUUGUCGGAUUGUGCGAGUGUGAGCGAGGAACCAUGGUUGCUCGAAGAUGCUGUCCCUAGCUGUCUCGAAGAUAUAACCAGAGAAGACAUGGAGAUUGUUCUUCUUGGUACCGGUUCUUCGCAACCCUCUAAGUAUCGAAACGUUAGUUCGAUUUUCAUCAAUUUAUUUUCCAAAGGAAGCAUACUCUUAGAUUGUGGUGAAGGAAGCUUGGGACAGCUAAAGAGAAGAUUCGGAGUCCAAGGUGCGGACGAAGCUAUAAAAGGUUUGAAAUGCAUCUGGAUUUCGCACAUCCACGCUGAUCACCACACGGGCCUUGCAAGUAUCCUUGCUCGACGACGUGAUCUGUUGAAGGGAUUACCACACGAGCCGGCCCUCGUCGUUGGCCCGUAUCAACUCAAUUGGUUUCUGAGUGCCUACCAGAAGCUCGAGGAUCUGGACAUGCGGUUUCUCGACUGCUCUCAUACAACUGAGGAUGCAUUGGAGGCUUUUGAUUUGAAUGAAGGGAAACCGACCAAUCACACGAGCAAGGGCGUCGAUUCAUCUCUGUGCAAGAUUCUCGGAGAACUUGGAUUAGAAGCGCUGGUGAGCUUCUCCGUCGUUCAUUGUCCUGGAGCUUAUGGCGUCGUGCUGCAGGCUGCGAGCAGGAUCAACAGUGCUGGUAAAACCAUUCCCGGGUGGAAAGUCGUCUACUCAGGCGACACCAGACCCUGCCCGAAAUUUGUUUGGGCUGCCCGCCGUGCGACCGUGCUCAUUCACGAGGCGUCCUUCGAAGACGGGAUGAUGGACGAGGCGGUGUCUAAGAAACACAGCACGACAAUGGAGGCAGUGGAAAUGGGGAAUUCUGCAGGCGCGUAUAGGAUCAUUCUGACUAAUUUCAGCCAGAGAUACCCGAAGAUCCCGGUGUUCGAUGAAGUGCAUAUGCACAAAACGUGCGUCGUGUUCGACAUGAUGAGUGUCAACUUAGCGGAUGUUCAUGCACUGCCAAGAGUGCUGCCAUAUCUCUCAGUUUUGUUUAGAGGUGAAAUGACUGUUGAUGACUCUGAAGAUGUGUGAGCUUAGAUACCGCACUUAUUUUUUUAAUUUAAUGAAGCCACUGUUUUUUCAUUUCA